GGAACGCCGUGCAUUCACCAGUCGAAUGGCGGUAUUACUAGUGCCCCCGACACACACGGUGCCUCCGUCAUAAAGGUCGUCGAGGGGUUCUUCACUCUCAAUGGCUCAGCCCCACCCGCCCAGCUGUCGCUCUUCAGGAGGUUCGACAAGAUGGCAGCCCCUUGGAACACUUUCAAGCAUCAGAUCAAUGUGUUGACCAAGAGCUCGCGUAAUGUGAAGGUGAUCUACUUCGUCCGCCAUGCUCAGGGGUAUCACAAUGUGGUAGAGGAAAAAUACGGCGUCGGUCGCUGGGAGGAUGAGUUCGCGCGCACCGACGAGUUCCUAGACCCAGACCUGACACCGUUCGGAGUCGAGGACGCCAAGAGCAAAGGUCCACCAAGUGUCAAGGCCGAAUUGGAGCGAGGAAUGCCGCCCAUCGAGCGGGUGAUUGUGUCGCCACUCUCGCGAGCGAUUCAGACGGCACAGUCCUUCUUCACGAAAGAUCAGGUGCCGAACCAACCCUUCUUGUGCAUGAAGAACUGCCGCGAAGUGUUCGACUGCUACACGUUCGAUAAGAGACGCUCGCUGUUAGAGAUCAAGCAGAAGUUCCCAGACGUCGACUUCUCGCGGGUGACAGACGAAGAGGACUUGCUGUGGUCGCCGACACACCAUGAAACAGAAGACGAGAUUCGUGAGCGAGCGAGAAACUUCUUGUCCGAGCUCUUUGACGCUGUACCGGAGCGCUAUGUAGUGGUGGUAUCCCAUGUCUGCUUUAUUCAGGCGGUGUGCGCGGUCACCAUGGGUAUUCACUUCCGUCCAGAUAAUGGCGAAGUCGUGCCGCUGGUGCUAGAGACCUUUUGA